UCGAAGAACGACAGCUCGGAGGUCAGCGUCCGCUCCAGCAAGCUCGCCGAGCUUGAGGGCAAGGUCAACCACCUUACCAAGCAGCUCGAAAACUCUAACCGACAGCUUCAGGAGUCGCUCGAAACCAGCAUCCGCUCCGACGUCAGUGAGGACCUUCAGGCUGAACGCCGACGCGCCAGUGAGUGGCAGGACCGAUGCGAGAUGCUGCGGCAGUCGCUGGCAGAUCGCGAAACCUCGGCUUCGCAGGACCUGCAGGAGACCCGGCAGCAGCUUCGCGAUGCGGAGAACAAGGUGAAGCAGCUGAGCGCAGAGCUGGCAGGUGUGCGUGAGGCCAAUGCCGCACACCUUGCGCUGGGCUCUGAGACGGAGGUCCGGCAGCUGAAGCAACAGCUGCAGCAGCUCGAGGUGGAGGUGGAACUCCGCAAGGCGCGUGCGGCCGCUGCAGAGGCACAGUUGUCGGAGCUGGCCGGUGAGCUUAGCGAUGCCAAAGCUGCUAGAACCCGGACACUGUCCCAGUUUAAGGACAUCGACGCCGAGAUGGAGGGUGCCCGGAGGAGACUUGAGAAGGCGGAGCGGGAGAAAGCACGCGCCGAAGGCGAGCGCCGAGAGGCGGAAGAUCGUGCUUUGGGGCUCCGGGACGAGUGCAAGCGCUUGAAGAAGGAGCUGCAUGACACCAAGCACACGAUGCGUGCCAUCGACAGUCCCAAGAGGGCAGGCACCAUCUGUGCCACUGCGCGUGCGGAUGCGCUGAUGGAGGCAGGUGCGCACUUUGCUUCCCUCACGGACCUCAGCACCUCCACGGGUGAGGUCGAUGACACAUAUGCAGCACGCAAGCCAGCCACGCUCACGCGGCAUGGCAGCAUGGGUGCCAUCUCGGCAUCUGAAGCCAAAGCGGAGCGAGCAGCAGGUGCCCUCGACGAAGCCAGACGAGAACUAAAGCGGCAGCAGAAGGAAGCGGGAGGCUUGCGACGAGAACUUGCAGUCGCGGUGGCUACGGCGUUGGCAGCCAAGGCAGGUAACCAGUACAGACUUCUCAGGAAGCCGCGGAGCGGCUUUCCCUUGGCCUGGGGGCAGGUCGAAUUGCUGCCUGAGGGUGGCAAAUGGCCUGCGUGCAAAAACCACUUCUCUCUUUACGCGGAGAUGCAGGUGGGAGGGGUGAACG